CCAUUUCCGGCUCGUCCUUACCGGCUGAGGGCGGUGCUGCUCGGCCCUUUAGGGCCUCGGUCCGUAGCUCCGCUUUCACUUCGUUUUUUCUGGAAGAGCCGCUUGGAUCCCGGCGGUACCGGACAGCCUUCCGGGCGCGCGCGCGCGCGGCUCUCCCAUGGCAGACACGACCCCGAACGGCCCCCAAGGGGCGGGCGCCGUGCAAUUCAUGAUGACCAAUAAGUUGGACACAGCAAUGUGGCUUUCUCGCUUGUUCACAGUAUACUGCUCUGCCUUGUUUGUUCUGCCUCUUCUCGGGUUGCACGAAGCAGCAAGCUUUUACCAGCGUGCUUUGCUGGCAAAUGCUCUUACCAGUGCUCUGAGGCUGCAUCAGAGAUUACCGCACUUCCAGUUGAGCCGGGCAUUCCUGGCCCAGGCGCUGUUAGAAGACAGCUGCCACUACCUGUUGUACUCGCUCAUCUUUGUCAAUUCCUACCCUGUGACAAUGAGCAUUUUCCCUGUCCUCUUGUUCUCCUUGCUUCACGCUGCCACAUACACAAAGAAAGUCCUUGACGCCAAGGGGUCAAAUAGUUUGCCUCUUUUGAGAUCUGUCUUGGAUAAAUUAAGUGCUAAUCAACAAAAUAUACUGAAGUUCAUUGCUUGUAAUGAAAUUUUCUUGAUGCCUGCCACAGUUUUUAUGCUUUUUAGUGGCCAAGGAAGUUUGCUCCAGCCUUUUAUAUAUUAUAGAUUUCUUACUCUUCGAUAUUCCUCUAGAAGAAAUCCAUAUUGUCGGAACUUGUUUAAUGAACUGAGGAUUGUUGUUGAACACCUCAUAAUGAAGCCCGCCUGCCCACUGUUUGUGAGAAGACUUUGUCUCCAGAGCAUUGCCUUUAUAAGCAGACUGGCACCAACAGUUGCGUAGUUUAGCGUCUGGUUACAUGAUGCGUAUAUAAGCUUUGUUAGCAGCUGGUACUUCCUAGGGGUCACAGAUUCCUGUGUAACUCUGAUCUUGGUCCAUUGCCCGUAAUUUACAUUAGUGCAUCUCAGUGGAAAACCAUGAUUUCCCGGCAUGUCAGACAGAGCCUCCAGAAGAGUGUGCUGUGCGUCACAGCAGUGGCUACAUAACUUACGUGUAUUGAAUGUGCUCAGUGCUCCAGAUUCUAGUAUUCUGGUUAAUGAUUCUGACAGAAGCUCUCCCCCGCAAUCUCAUUCACGUUUGUACUGUUUCUGUGAUGUUUGGCUAGAACAGCUGUUUUGGCUGUACUCUUACAAGGGGCAUUCUGUAUGCAUUGUAUGAGCUUCUCAGAUUUUAUUUCCAUAAAUACUAUUGUGGCUUUGGAUAGUUUUGUUUUUUAAAACUGAUUUAAGUCCUGUUAGUGAAUGGGAUGUUUGGGAUCAUGCAGACAUUUUACACUGGAAAUUAAGUAGCUUCCAAAUAGUAAAUCCUUCCACAGAUGUGGACAAAUUAUUGUUGUUAUAGUUUGUAGAAUUACCUUCUUCAGAUCCUUGACUCCAGUUUUCUUGGUUUCUUAGGCUUGAUCUUUCCUAGACAGUUGCAGCAGUUCAGAUGCCUUUUGAAAGGAAUAUGAUUGAAGACUGAGCCUAUGAUUGUACUCAUGUCUGUUCUGAACUAAUAAUGAAGAGUAUCCUGUAGAUCUCAUAUUUAUUCACCAAAUCUCAUUCAAAAGGUUAAAUGAAAAGGUUUAUAGGUAAGGUAAUUCAUUCAGAGUGGAGCUGGGAAAAUAGUGUGUAUAUCAGCCUUGUAAUGCGCACAUGAAUUUGGGGGAAUUGGAUAUAUUGUGCAACUGUAAUUUGGGUUGUAUAAUAUGUUAAGUCUUCUUCAUUGAGCUAUCAAUUCCUUUACAAAAUGCACUCUGAUCCUUACUACUGAUGCAUGAUUUGGAUAUGUUUAAAACAUUGCUCAAUUUUAGUAUAGAAUAAUGUAAAGGUUUUUAUGACCUGUUUUCUUCUGUCUGCAUGUAAUUUUUAUUUCUCAAAUACGUUAGUAAAUUAUCAAUAACAUCAGUUUUCUUUGUGUUCACAUUCAGAAUCUAUAGAAAGGUAUUAGUCUUAGUAUAGAUUAUCAGCAAAAUUCUACUUGAUAGCUUAAUUGUAACCAGCUACUUUUGUAUUUUUGUAAUAUUAUCCACUAAGUUGGAGAAGCAACCUCAUAAUAUACAGUUGAUUUUCUUAUAUGUGUGUGGCUAGCCUUAUCCCUGUUUUGUGUAAUAUGAUGGUUUUAAAAACAGAAGUUUCUAGAGCAAUAAAGUGACUAUAAUGUUAAGUAAA